CACAGCUCUCUAAAUUGAAGGUAACCUAAUUGAAAAAGUUGGGACAAAAGAAUUUGUCUUUUGUUUGAUAAUAAGCUGGGCCGAAUAAUCCAGAUGACACGAUUCUAGUAGCCUACAGCCAAAUUAACAACUCCUACUGUACUGAAAUCACAAUGGGUUCUACAAAUGCGAUGUUAACGCAAAUCAUCCAGGAUGCAAUUCUGAAACUUUGCACACAGAAUAUUAUAUUCCACAAAUCGCUUGAAAUAGAUGGUAUAAUCUGUAUAUCACAUAGCGAGGAAGAUAAAGACAUGGUCAUCAAAAUGCAUCGAACAAUUGUUAAACCUGAAAAUUCAAACACUCAUUGGAAUGACAGUUCUCUGCAUAAUAUCCAUGUUCAAAAUACACCAUUGGUAUAUGCUAAAUCUCCAAGAAUAACUGAGAAUGUACAACAUUAUGAACCGCCAAAAGUUAAUUUAAUUCCCAUCGCAACAGCAGAAAUCCCAGGUGGUCAAGUUGCAAACGCUGCAAAGUUAACUAUUAAAGGCAAUGUAGUUAAUGAUAUUAAAGAAGAAACUUCAGAAAAAACUCAAUUAAAGAAAUCUUCAAAAGACAACAAACGACCAAUUAGCGAAUCUUCUACAACACACUCCCCCAAUAAACAGCCACGCCUUGAUGAUGACCCCCAAUCUUCACCAAAUGCCCCACCCCCAUUAGCAGAGGACAGUAUAGUUAAUGUGAAGAGAGAGGUUGAGGAAGAGAUUACACUUGAUUAUGACAAUGGGGCAGUUGAUGGGGCUGAGGAGGGACAAGAUGAGCCUAGCUGGCUGGACAGUACUCCUUUGAAAAUAUCUCCCUCAGGAGCAGCUUCAAGUACAGCGGGAGUGACGUAUGGGAAUAAUUCCAUAUACGAAGGGGGAACAUUUACCGUGUUUGAAUCUGAAGUGAAAAAUGUGCAGAGGAUGCCAGACCAAGAGGAUACCAUGAAGGCAUCAUUGAACUGCAAGAUUUGCAAGAAAGAAUUUGGAUAUGCACAUGUGUUGAAAGUACAUAUGCGGACUCAUACUGGAGAGAAGCCAUUUGUUUGCAAGUAUUGUAAUAAAUGUUUCAAAACGAAACAAAAUUGUGAAACCCAUAUAAGGAUUCAUACUGGCGAGAAACCCUUCCAAUGUAACAUAUGUAUGCGCUUGUUUAACCAGCUUGGAUCUUUACAACGUCAUAAGGAGCUGAAGCAUAUGCGUAAAAAUUCCUUCCCACCAACAAUGGUGACUCCAAUGGCGCCAUCUGUUUAACACAAUUAUUAGUAAAAUGGAAUCGCGAGAUCUCAUUGUCCUGGUUGAUUGAUCUGUGACUGCAUAUUGACUUUGACUGUACCAUUUUAAAUCUCAACUUAUUUCAAGAUAACGCAGAACUGCCAUGACAUUUUUGAUUGAAAGUGAUUUUGUUUUAGCCAUUUUUAGGCAAUCAUAUUACCCUUUUUUAUCUUGAAAGAUUGUGGAUAUUAAGCAUGAAGGUAUUUUCUUUAAAGGAAUCUACUCUUUCAUAUACAUUUACAGAUGUGUGUGAUAUUUAUUUAUGCAUAACUCAGUGUUGACAGUUACAGUUAUAGAUGAAGCUAUUGUACAACAACUAAAGAUAUUGUUCAAAUGUUGACAGUUCUUGAAAAAUGAAUUUUUGAAAGGUUAAAUCAACAUUUUCACCAAAGAAAUUUUCAUAACUAAUGAUAUGUGGACAAUAAACAUUAUCCCUUGAGUACUCAGAUAUCCCUUGAGUACUCAGAU